ACCGGCCGCUGAGCGAUGGAAGCGUCACUUCCGGCGCAGGCGACGGACCGGCGGAAGAUGGCGACGGAAAAGCAGAAGGCGGAGGGCGGGCGGGUGAAGAUCGGACAUUAUCGGCUUGGCGACACACUUGGUGUCGGCACCUUCGGCAAGGUGAAGGUGGGGAUGCACGAGCUGACACAGCACAAGGUGGCGGUGAAGAUCCUAAACCGCCAGAAGAUCCGCAGCCUGGAUGUUGUUGGCAAAAUCCGACGUGAGAUCCAGAACCUCAAACUCUUCAGACACCCACACAUCAUCAAACUGUAUCAAGUGAUCAGUACUCCAACGGACAUAUUCAUGGUGAUGGAAUAUGUGUCAGGUGGAGAGCUCUUCGAUUACAUCUGUAAGAACGGCAAGCUGGACGAAAAGGAGAGCCGACGCCUCUUCCAGCAGAUCAUUUCAGCGGUGGACUACUGCCACCGGCACAUGGUGGUACACCGGGACCUGAAGCCGGAGAACGUACUGCUGGAUGCACAGAUGAAUGCCAAAAUUGCUGACUUUGGCCUCUCGAACAUGAUGUCUGAUGGAGAAUUCCUGAGAACCAGCUGUGGCUCACCCAACUAUGCUGCGCCGGAGGUCAUAUCCGGAAGGCUGUACGCCGGUCCAGAGGUGGAUAUAUGGAGUUGCGGCGUAAUACUCUACGCCCUACUGUGCGGCACCCUGCCAUUUGACGAUGACCACGUUCCCAUGCUCUUCAAGAAGAUCUGUGACGGCAUCUUCUACACACCGCAGUACCUGAACCCUUCCGUCAUCAGCCUCCUGAAGCACAUGCUACAGGUCGACCCCAUGAAGAGGACCACCAUCAAGGACAUCCGGGAACACGAGUGGUUUAAGGUGGACCUUCCCAAGUACCUGUUCCCGGAGGACCCAGCAUAUAGCAGCAGUAUGAUCGAUGAUGAGGCACUGCGUGAGGUGUGCGAGAAGUUUGAGUGUGCAGAGGAGGAGGUGCUGAACUGUCUGUACAGCCGGAACCAUCAGGAUCCCCUGGCCGUCGCCUACCACCUCAUUAUUGACAACCGGCGCAUCAUGAGCGAGGCCCGCGACUUCUACCUGGCCUCCAGCCCACCUGAUGGCGCCUCCUUUCUGGAUGAGCAGCAGUGCACGGCUCGGGUCCACCCUGAACGCAUGCCCUUUCUGGUGGCGGAGGCCGGACCCAGGCCCCGGCAUACCCUAGACGAGCUGAACCCCCAGAGGGCCAAGCACCCUGGGGUUCGCCGUGCCAAGUGGCAUCUGGGCAUUCGCAGCCAGAGCCGGCCCAAUGACAUCAUGGCCGAGGUGUGCCGUGCCAUGAAGCAGCUCGGGUACCAGUGGAAGGUAGUGAACCCUUAUCACUUGCGAGUUCGUAGGGAGAACUCCAUGACGGGAACCUACUCCAAGAUGAGUCUCCAACUGUACCAGGUGGACAAUCGGACGUACUUGGUGGACUUCCGCAGUAUUGAUGCAGAUGAGGUGAUCGAACCGCGGUCUGGCCAAUCGACCCCCCACCGCUCGGAAUCCAUCAGUAGCCAGCAACACUCCAGCUUGAGGAGUGAUUCGGACUCAGAGUCGACGGGCAGGUGCGCAGACCCAGCCACGUUCUCACUGGGAGAAAUUGGCACCUCCACCGAGCUGAACCACAGGGCUGGCAGCCAUGUCAUCGAGUUCUUUGAGAUGUGCGCCAACCUGAUCAAACUACUGGCCCGAUAAUGGAUGCUCGCCUCCUCUUCCAUGUGCACGGCGCCACGGAAAAUCAGUUAAAUGCCGCGAAACAUCUUGCUCAGAACCUUUAGCUCCCUUUGUGCCAGGCGCUCAAGGGUGCUGUGAACCAGGAGAGAGUCCCUGUAACUAGUAUUCUUUCCUUCUCUCUGUGUGCCGUGCCCUAGCCCUCUCUGCCGCCUGCCUGUGCGUCUGUAGUAGUGGCUGUUGUGAAAUUAAUUGCUUCGCUGAUAAGUCUCUCAUUACAGCCAAGGCAGUGUGUGUGUUGGGUUGGACCCCAGUCAGUGUUUGUACUCCCUCCUUCCUGACUGUGGUGACCAGCAUCUAGACACUGAUGUGAAUCUAUUGUCAUAUCUACUUACGCUGGCAACUGGACGGGAAACUCUUGGUGUAAGGGCCAGUGCUGGGUGAGGACAGUCAUGUAAUAGUCUUAGAGAACUACAGCACAGAACAGGCCCUUUGGCCCAUCUAGUCUGUGUGGUUCUGCCUACUCCCUUGAUCUGUACCUGGACCAUAACCCUCCCAUCCAUGUACUAAUCCAAACUUCUCUUCAGUGCUGCCUUUGAACUUGCAUCCAUCACUUCUACUGGCAGACAAUACUUCAAGUGUGGCCUGACUAGUGUCUUAUCAAGCUUCAGCAUAUCUCCUUGUGGACAUUGUGGGUCUUGGGAGAGUAAAUCCCAGUCUGGGAACACUGACAAGCUGAUUCUUGUUACAAAGCCAUCAACAUGCUAAAUGUGUCUCACCCUGCGAGUGUGUGAUGGGAUAGUGUAGAGGGAGUUUCACUCUGUGUCUGACCCUGGGAGUGUGUGAUGGGACAGUGUAGAGGGAGUUUCACUCUGUGUCUGACCCUGCGAGUGUGUGAUGGGACAGUGUAGAGGGAGUUUCACUCUGUGUCUGACCCCGGGAGUGUGUGAUGGGACAGUGAGAGAGUUUCACUCUGUGUCUGACCCUGGGAGUGUGUGAUUGGAUGGUGCAGAGGGAGCUUCACUCUGUGUCUGAUCCCCCCCCCCCCCUUUUUUAUAUAUACAAAAUUUCUUUAUUACAAAUUCGGUGCUAUAUAUACAAAACAGUGACGAACACAACUACUUCACUACAAAUAGACAAUAGAAGUUAAAUCAAAAUGUUUCUAUCUCUAUCUAUGAUGGCAAUUACACCCCGCAAAGCCCAAUGGUCCCAGAGCGUCUCUAAGGUCGCCGUGGACAGCACAUGUUCCUUUUCAAUAUUUACCAGGCACGAACAUACCCCUUAAACAUUGCCAGGCAGUCUGCCCAGGGAGAUCCUCCCGCCACCCGUUUCCAAGUCCCAUGGAUGGCUGUUUUCGCCAGCCCCAGGAGCAAGUUGACAAGGACAUCCUCAUCCCUCCAUGCCCCACCCUCCUUACUGGAUGACCAUAUAUAAAUAGGGUGGGGCUAAAAUGCAACCAGAAGGCGAGAAGCAGCCCACACAGAUACGCAAAAAGGGGCUGCAGCCUCGCACACCCCAUGUACAUGUGUUACACGGUCUCCUUUAGCCCACAGAAGGUGGCAUGCGGGUGGGAGAUCGGUGAGCAAACUAAAGAAUUUAUUACAAGGCACCACCCUAUGCAGCAGCCUCCAUCACAGAUCCCCAAGGUGCAAGCGAAGAACCCCCUCAUAAAGGGACUUCCACUGGAGACCUCCCUCACCUCCAGGUGGAAAGACCUACCACCAUAGCGUUUGGGGAUGGUGGACAAGGGCAAGGAAGUAGAGGGUGUGGAGCAGCAGCCCAUAUAGAUACCUCCUUCCUGCAUCCCUGAAUGGGAUUGUGGGUGUCGAGGAGAGACGGCUCAAGUUGUGUGGACUCGGCUCUUGGACAAGAUUGCGGGGCCUGGGCCCAACAAGCAGCUCAGCCUGAGUCGGUCCACUCACCUGAGCUGCACUGACAUCCGUUGAGGUAGGGCAAGGAUCGGCCAGGACUCCACCCUCUACCAGAGGAGGGAACUCCCGGUCUGAGGCAACCAUGUUCUAGACUCUCAGUAGGUCCUGAUAGAAGCUGGGCAGACUCCACAAAGCAGCAUGGCUGACAUCCACCAAUGGUAGCCACAUAUCUUUGUGAAGAUAGCAGCCCCUCCAGAGGAAGAAUGUUGCCAACACGUGUCACUUGGGAGGGUGCUCGGCGUCCAGGAAUCUCUGCAGAGUCCUGAGUCGGAGAGCCGCCAGUCAUGUACGUACGCACACCUGCGACUGUCCGCCCUCUCCCACUGGGAGACUCGACCACUGAGGAGACUCAGUGUUUCCUGUUACCUCAGAAGAAGUUCACUAAUUUCCUCUGCAUUCUCGCAACAGAAGGGGCAGGAGGGGCCAAGGUGACCAUCCGGUACCACAACAUGGAGGCCACCAACUGGUUUAUGACCACCACCCUGCCUCAAUAGGAAAGCACCCUGAGAAGGCCUGACCAGCGCCGCAGCCGGGCCAUGACUUUCGUCUCCAGGUCCUGCCAGUUCGCCAGUCAGGUCUUCCUGGAAGGACUAAGGUAGACUCCCAGAUAGAGAAAACAUCUGGUGCUCCACUCAAAAGGUCUCAUCUCCUCUGGCAGGGAGACCAUCUGCCACUGACCCACUAAGAGUCUGGAAAAUUUCGCCCGGUUGAUCCUAGUGGAGGAUGCCGGCAAGAAAACUUUUUGGCACUCGAGCAUCCUUCACAGGUCACUGGGAUCUGUCACCAUGAGGAGUACGUCGUCAGUGUAGGCCGAGACGACGACCUCCAUGUCUGGUUCAUGCAGAACCAGACCCCCCGUCAGCCUUUGCCAAAGAAGGCUCAGGAAUGGCUCGACACAGAUCACAUACAAUUUACCAGACAUAGGGCACCCCGAAGAAGAAAGACAUCUCCGAGUGGAGUCAUCAGGACGCUGUCAUGACCGUUUUUUAGCAGACUUUCUUAUUUUUACGAGGUCGAGUUGCUAUCUCGACACUCAACCGUUUGGAUUCGAACUCGGGAGCCUUUGCUCCGAAGUCCAGUGCUGAUGCCACUACGCCAUCAGCCUGCUGCACCUGGUAUUCCCAGGUGGUCUCCCAUCAAAGUACUAACCUGGCCUUAGCCUGCUUAGCUUCCGAGAUCAGAUGAGAUCAGGCAUUUUCGGGCUAGUAUAGCCUGACCUUGGGAGUGUGAGAUGGGACAGUGUAGAGGGAGUUUCACUCUGUGUCUGACCCCGGGAGUGUGUGAUGGGACAGUGUAGAGGGAGUUUCACUCUGUGUCUGACCCAGGGAGUGAGUGUUGGGACAGUGUAGAGGGAGUUUCACUCUGUGUCUGACCCAGGGAGUGUGUGAUGAGACAGUGUAGAGGGAGCUUCACUCUGUGUCUGACCCUGGGAGUGUGUGUUGGGACGGUGUAGAGCAGGGGUUACCAACCUUUUUUGUGCCAUGGAGCCUUAUCAUUAACUGAGAAUUCUCUGGACACAGGUUGGGAACCCCUGCUCUGAACAAUUCCUGUCCAAAUUUCUUUUAAAUAUUGUGAAUGUACUGUCCAUGUAUCGAGCCCUUCUUCUGGCAGCUCAUUCUGUAUCCCCACUGUAGAGAACAUUUGUCCUCAAGGCUCCCUUUAAAUCUUUUCUCUCUCACCUUAAACCUGUGCACCGUCCCCACAAAAAUACACCCCCUCUUCCCACCAAAGAAAGCGAAUGCACAGCUGUGGCUCCCUGCACCUCUUCUCGGCUCCACACUGGAAAAUCAGGAAUGGCUGACUCCUGCUAAUUAAUCUUCCCAGUCAACCUCCGUGCUGCCUCUGUCUGGGCAGUGUGUGAUGGGACAGUGUAGAUGAAGCUUCAUGUGAAUCAAAAUCCAGUUUAAUAUCUCUGGCAUAUGUCUGAAAUUAUGUUGACUUGUGACAGCAGUACAGUGCAAUACACAAUAUUUUUAAAACUAUUAAUAAAUAUAUAUAAAUAUUUAAAUUAAUUAAGUCAUGCAUAAAGAGAAGGAAAAGAUAGUGAGGUAGUCUUCAUGGGCCUUUCAGAAAUCUGAUGGUGGAGAGGAAGAAGCUGUUCCUCAGACACUGUGUGUGUGUCUUCAGGCUCCUGUUCCUUCUCCUUGAUGGUAACAAGGAGAAGAGGGCACGUCUUGGGUGAUGGGAGCUCUUAAUGAUGGAUGUCAUCUUUCUGAGGUACAUACCCACAACUCAUCCUAAUCCUACGUGUUUGAAGUGUAGGAGGAAGCCAGAGAACAACCAUGCACACUGGGAGAAUGUACAAACUGCUAAUAGACAGCGGGGCAAUUGAAGCCCAAUUUUACAGCUGGCUCUUUAAAUUGUUAUGCUACUGUGCCGUUAAAUUUCUAUCAUGUUAAUGAGGGUGCAGUGAAGCACAGUCUGCUCCAUCAACUUGCUAAUGUGUGAGCACAGGAAUUGGCCAUGGUGAAGAGGCUGAGGGUAGCUUGUCCCUAUGCUGCUAACUCAGGAGAGAAGCAGGAAUACGUUGAGGAAGGUGAUCAAUUUCCCGUGUUUGGAGGCUGCUGAUCACUGAUGAUAGGGAGAACAUACACUUUCUGCUGGAAUUGUGAGUGGGAAAAUCAUAAACAGAAAUCUCCGAGACUUGGAUGCAAUCCAGGGUAUUUUCGGAUCUCUAGCUGUUUUGUUUUUGGAAGUAUUAGGAAUUUGUCCCGGUGUGAGCCAGCCCUACCAAAGGGAAGGGAACAUUGCCACUGAGUGCACUGAAUCAGCAAACCCUUUUUGUAUUCUGCAUACGUCUAAUUUUGUAGUUUUUACUUUCUAGGCAUUGUCUACACUGAUCUGUAAUUCAGUACUGAAUAUAGUAAUGUCUCUUGCCACAUCACGGCUUUCAUAAAGGAUUAAAUCAAUAAAUGCAAAUAAUUUUGUAAAAAAAUAAAUGGUGAUUUUGCAAUCAA